AUGGCAUGCUCCGCGCGUGCGCUGGAGUUCGCACAUCGGCGCCUUGCUUCUCUGACUGUGCUCAGUGGUCUGGAAGCUGCGGAAAUAUACGACAGGACAUUGGAGCGCGUCCGUCAUGCUGUCCUGUUGGUGCAUAGCUUCGUCUCUCGAGAUCGGGCUUUGGAUCUUAUGCCUUUUCUGGACUUAUUGACUAGUCUGCAAGUGGGAUCGUUCGAGCCAGUCGGCACGGGCACCAUUGCUCAACAAGGAUCUUCUCUUGAGAAUGCUGGUCCGGGCAUGGAUGCUGAGGUGAGCGUCAUCUUGGCCUCUAAGGUACAGAUUGCAUUGAUCCUGCCCACUUUUGAUUGUCCGGAGAAUCAUGCUGUGGCCACCCUCACUCGGAUCUUGAAGGACCUGGGCGAGGACAGGGUCUUUUUGAGUGCUGCUGGGUACGUUUUCUGUUUGGCGGAUGUUCAAAGUGCAUGGCAGCGCCUUCUGGAUGUAGGGGUCCAGCGAUGGCAAUUAGAGCUCCUGGUUUCGGGGUCGCGACAAGGCGAACUUCUGAUGCCUCAGUGGCGGGCGGACCAGCCUCCGGUGCGGAAGCGCCGGAGAGCAUCCUUGGCGGAUGCUCUUACGGCCGGGGAGCCGUCGGAACGUGCUAAGGCGUUGGAAGAAUUGGAUCGGGAAGUCCUGGCCAAGACGACGAUCGGACCCUAUGAAAGUCGCAUCUUGACAUGGCGGCAGAUUUGUGCCAAGUGGGAGCUGCCGGCCUUCCCAUUGGAUGAACGAAAUGUUAGAGCAGUGGGAGCGUCGCUGAAACGGGGGCGGUAUAGGUCCUCGGAGCAGUACUUCUCGGCGGCAGCAUCGCACCAGGUGAGGCGCAUGCACACCGUUGUCCCGGGACACAUUAAGGCAAUGAUCAGGGACUGCGUACGGUCCGUGCGCAGGGGCCUAGGGCCCUCUUCAUUGAAGGAUUCCUUUGAUCUCUGGUCUUUGGCUUCGGCCGUUGUGGAGGGCUCGGAGUUUCGGGCCUUCUCGUGGAGCGAUCUUCCUGCCGCGAUUGAUGCCCUGAUUGUGGCCUCAUACUUUUGUAUGAGGGAAAUCGAAAUGGCUUCGGCCAGUUCGUCGCACUUAUACUUCCAAAACAAUCAGCUUCAGAUCCUGCUCCCUGCCCACAAAACCUCUUCGCAGGGCGAAUUGACCAGUCGAGCAUUGUUUUGCGGGUGUGCAGUCAGGAGCCAACCACUUUGUCCAUAUCAUGCUGGUGCGCGUCAUCUGCAACGCUUGGAAAUUCUGCAGGCUAUGUUAGAUUGCAAGGCACUCCCCUUGUUUCCACAGGACGAUGGGACAGCACUUUCCAAGGCCGAUAUGAUCAUGACCAUCCGCGAGACCUUGAAGCGGGCCGGGGUGCAGACUACUCGUCCAGACGAGGCGGGGAUCCAAGUUGAGCGAUUUGGGGGGCACGUCCUCCGCGUCGCGGGCACGCAACAUCUUUUCUUGCUCGGGCUCCGCUUUGAUAUGAUCCAGCUACAUGGCAGGUGGUCCUCAUUAGCAGUGCAGAAGUAUUUGCAGGAAGCUCCAUUGUUGCUGGUACCGGGUGCGGUUUCCAGAGCAUUGUCAUCGGGCGAGGUGGCUCAUCGCCCGCGUGAGGGCCCCCAGGGCCUGCUGGCGAGCACGCCCAGUCAGCCUGUGAUCGCAGCUACUUCGGACGGUUCGGCGGCACAGCCGGUCGCGGAGUCUUGUUUGCCAGACCGGCGAGCGGCCGAGAUAGAGGCGAUGCGCUUGCAGUUUUCAGACUUCACUUCGAGGACGCAGGACGCUGCGGAAACUUUGGUUGUGAACACAAGGACGAGCGCAGCCAGGCCAGAGUGGCCACGGUGCAAGCGCUGCUUCCCUCGCGAUAAAGGGGAUUUUCAGGCGGCGGUUGAGGUCGCCGAAAGAGUGAACAGUGCGCUGGGGGACCUUGGCCUUCCGACGACUUCUCCAUUGCACUUGCCGGGCAUCAUGAUUGUGGCUGGGGAUCAGGCGCUGGCGACGCUGCGUGUGGGCGGCGCUGCUCUGGAUCACAGGUGGCCCCCGGAGGGCGAGUUCGCGGUACAGCGAGCCACAGAGCUUCGCACAGGGCAACACUUCAUGUCACCGCAAGUUUUCGGGCUGGCGCUUAGCCUGUGGGGUUCGGGGUCCAGCAUGGAUCUACAGACCAUCGCUGACAAAGCAGGAGCGGGGGAUGACAUACGCAGAUACCUCGCGUUGCGCGGGAUCACCUCUGCAGGAACCCUGUCUAUGAUAGCAACAGGCGAAGCGGAGUAUCGUGAUGUGGUGAUUGCGCCACUGCUUGCAGGCUUCGGAGUGGGAGCCGAUCGGAUCGCGCUAGAUGCCGCUGAUAGGCCCAUAGCAUCUGCAAUACUCCUGUACAUGAGGAAAUUAUCCAUCGAUGCCACAUCGCCGACCACCUCUCCUCCCACGACGGGAGCGCCAUCAGGGACGGCCUCACCUGGUGCAAUCGGCACUGGGACUGCUGCUAAGGAUGCGGAUAAGGUUCCGCGCACGUUGCCGGCAGGGGUGUGGACAGAACAGAUCCGCAAAUAUGAGGCGGUUCAGAUCCAUGGCAGGAAUCGUGUGUUCCCGCAACAGAAGCUGCUGGGCGCUGAGUCUUCAUUGGCUAAGCUGUGGCAUCAACUGAAGGUCUCCGGGGACUUUACACCUUUGCCUUUGGGAGAGCUGAUGAGUAGGCGUUCCUUUGAUGCGACAGGAGCAGUGAAUUCAUUGUCCAAAAGGAAGAUCAGCCGGGAGCUGGUUGUCGAUGUCGACCGUGACCGCUUGGUGGCUGAGGAUGCCGAGGACUCGUGGGAGCCGCGGUCCAUGUUAGCCGUGAUCGAUGCCCUGGAAGCCCUGCGUUGGGCUUUCAUCCUGCUGGAGUACGGCCACGAGUUCGACAUCAAUGCUUUGUUCGACGACUUCAUCCACAAGGCCCGUCAGCGCCCUCAGCAGUUGGACGGUUUUCGAUCAUACUAUGAGUCAGCCUCCUGGAAGCUUUGUCGGGAGAUGAGGGCAGGCCGCACUUUUUCAGAAGCCGUCACCACGGUGCGUGAGGAUCUGCACUUGUAUCAGGAGGUUAUGAGUCGCCCUGUUCAGACCGGGGGCAAGCAGCAGACGAGCCCUGGGAAUCCCAACAAGAAGCGCAAGCCUCAUGAGGACAGUCCUCGCAAAGAGGAUGAUCGCCGGAAGCGACAGGCCUGGGAGGGUCAACAACAACAGUCGCAGCAGUGGGCGGCAAAGCAGAAUCAGGAUUGGCGCAAGUGGCGGAAGCCACAGGCUUAG